UGACUUAAUUCUUUUGAUCGAACCGAUUACGAAUGUUGAAGUAGACAUUGAUGAUAAUGGAAAGGAUAUUCGAUCCAGGGCGAAAGAGUUCAUGCGCGAAUGGUCAAAACUCGAUACUGAAGCAGACACGAUUAUCAAUAAUGUGCUAACAGUUUUUGAUGGAAAUCAGAAAGAUUCGAGCUAUUUCUGAUAUUUCUGAUUCAUUGUCUCGCAUAUUUGAACUACUAUUUACACUUUGUGAGGCUUCCACGAGCGAUCAAAAGAAUUCACGCCAACAAUCGCCUGCUGGAACAAAUUUAGAAAAUGAAGAAAUUUUGGCACCCCCCGAAAUAAAACACGAUCAAGACAAUACCUCAAAUGGUGUUGAAUAUACAGAACAAAAUGAAGUUUACAACAACCUGAUUUCUCCACAAAAAGAUGAUCAAGAAUUAUCAUUGAAAGAUAAUAAUAAUACAGUAAGACGUGGUUCAUUUGUUAUGGCUGAUGAAGGAAUUCAGGUCACUGGAAACGUUGGAAUAGCACAAGCAAGGAAUUCAUUUGCUGUUAGUCUAAUUCGUAGAAUCAAAUCGAAACUUGAAGGAAAAGAUUUUGAUUUAAAUACGAAAAUGAGUGUUUCUGAACAGGUAGAAUAACUUUUAAUUUUGCCCUUAAUUUUUAAACAUCCACUAACUAGUUAUUUAUUAGGUUGACAAAAUUAUUCAACAAGCAACUGAUAUAGACAAUUUGAGUGUAAUGUAUGAAGGUUGGACUGCUUGGAUUUAAUAUUUAGAGUUAGCAUUUGUCAUUAUUUAAAUUGUAGAAUAUUAAUUUAAUAAAUUGAAUUAG